ACAGCCCCAAAUCCCCCGUUUUCCUGUCCCUAGUACAUCACGGUGAAGCCCAACCAGGAGAAGGUGCUGCAGGGGCUGUUCAUCCCCUACUGCAAGGACUGUGGGACGCCCCAGCUGGAGCAGGCCGUGGGCAUCGUGGGUGCUGUCAUCAUGCCCCACAACAUGUACCUGCACUCUGCCCUGGUCAAGUCCAGGCAGGUGGAUCGCUCGAACAAGCGGCAGGUGCGAGAGGCCAACAAGUAUUUCUUCAUCGAGUCGUGCAUCGCGCUCUUCGUGUCCUUCAUCAUCAACAUCUUUGUGGUCGCCGUCUUCGCUGAGGCCUUUUUCAACAAGACCAACGCGGACGUGAACCAGGUCUGUGUCAACUCCAGCAGCCCCCACUCCUCGCUCUUCCCCAACAACAACGAGACACUGGAGGUGGACAUAUACAAGGGGGGCGUUGUUUUGGGGUGUUACUUCGGCCCUGCCGCUCUCUACAUCUGGGCCAUCGGGAUCCUGGCGGCUGGGCAGAGCUCCACCAUGACAGGCACCUACUCGGGCCAGUUCGUCAUGGAGGGGUUCCUGAACCUGCGCUGGUCCCGCUUUGCCCGGGUGCUGCUCACGCGCUCCAUCGCCGUCACCCCCACCCUCUUCGUCGCCAUCUUCCAGGACGUUGAGCACCUGACGGGCAUGAACGACUUCCUCAACGUCCUCAUGAGCCUCCAGCUCCCCUUUGCACUGAUCCCAGUGCUCACCUUCACCAGCCUGCCCACCGUGAUGCACGACUUCGCCAACGGCCUGUGAGUACCAUGGGAACCCCCUGGUCACACCUG